CCCCUAAUCUUUAGCCUCCCCGCCUUCACCCUCACUCUCCGCCCCUUCCUUCCUGUCCCACAAGUUUUAACUUCUCCCCCAACCAGACCACCUCGAAAACCGGUUUCGCGGGGGAGAUGGAGACUCAAACAUUGGAACAGGUCACCUGGUGGAACCUCUACUCUGGGGAAAAUGAUGAUGUGUAUCCUUCAGUGCCUCUACCAGAGCUAUGUCAUAAGGCAGAUGUCCAGUCUUUCAGCAGGGUCUUUCAACCAAGUAUUUCUCUCAUAGUGGCCGCUUUUGGCCUGGCAGGCAAUGGCCUUGUCUUAGCCACCCACCUCACUGUCCAUCGGGCAGCCCGCUCACCAACCUCAGCUCAUUUGCUCCAACUGGCCUUAGCGGACCUACUUCUGGCAUUGACUUUGCCCUUUGCAGCAGCAGGAAUUCUGCAGGGAUGGACACUGGGCAGCAUGCUCUGCAGAACUGUUUCGGGCCUCUACUCUGCCUCUUUCCACGCAGGUUUCCUCUUCUUGGCUUGCAUAAGUGCUGAUCGAUAUGUGGCCAUAGCACAGGCUUGCCCAGGGGGCCAAAGGCCCCCAGCCCCUGGCAGGACUCAUGUGGUCUCCGCAGCAAUCUGGCUGCUUUCCAUAGUCCUGGCGCUGCCCUCUCUCCUCUAUGGUCAAGAUGGGCAGCGAGAUGGGCAAAGGCGAUGCCGACUAGUAUUUCCUGAGGGUCUGACCCAGGCAGUCAAGGGGGCCAGCGCCAUGGCGCAAAUGAUCCUGGGCUUUGCACUGCCCCUUGCAGUCAUGGUGGCCUGUUAUGCCCUGUUGGGCCGGACACUGUUGGCCGCCAGAGGGCCAGAGCGUCGCCGAGCACUGCGCGUAGUGGUGGCCUUGGUGGUGGCUUUUGUGGUCCUGCAGUUACCCUACAGCCUAGCCUUGUUGUUGGAUACCACCGACCUGCUGACUGCCAGAGAGCGAAGCUGCUCAGCUAGCAAGCGCAAGGAUAUGGCAUUGUUGGUGACUGGUGCUCUGGCCCUGGCUCGUUGUGGACUCAAUCCCAUACUUUAUGCCUUCCUGGGGCUGCGCUUUCGUCAGGAUCUUCGGAGAUUGCUUCAAGGUGGGUGCUUCCGACGCAGCUCCAGUCAGCGAGGCCGCUGUCCUCGCCGACCCCGGCUUUCUUCGUGCUCGGCUCCCACAGAGACCCACAGUUUCUCCUUUUAACGAACUCUUGUUUUCGAGGAACUGGGGGUGGGUGUAUGGGGGGGUGGGGGUAGAUGGGGAAAUGGGUAUGUGUUUACAGGAUAUUGGAUGUUACUGGGGAAAAGGAAGAAGACAUUGGAGAGCAUGGGGAGACAAGUAGGAGUUGAAAAGAAUUUCUUCUGUUUAUUUUGAGAUUAAAAUUCAAAUUCUAACUUGAUUAAGAGCAAGCAAGAUUACCAGAAAAUUAGAGAUAAUAAACAUGUUAGGAU